AUGUCUAUCCUCGCCGAACCCCUUUCAGCCUCGGAGGUUGAAGAGGAGACCCCGCGCUUAGAUGUGGAAGAAGAAAAGUGUCGACUUACAUGCUCUUUCCAGUCAUAUUCUCCUCCUUUACUAGAGACUACGCUUGAAACCGGGGCGACUUACCCAUGGACGAGGCAGCGAAGACGUUUGUUCGUCGCUCUGGGACAAUACGUCAUGGGACCAGACCUCAGGCGGCUCAUCAUCGAUAUUGGGAACGGUGAAAACAGCAAGUAUGAGCGUGCCGCCCUCAAGUGCGCCGAGAUCCUUUCAACCUACCUCACCAUGAGACCAGCCAUAUUACGGGACUUGGAACGCUUGUAUGAGCUGCAUCAUGCCUUCAAAAUGCAGCUCGAAAAAACCACAAGAUUCGAUUUAUACGAAGCGUUCAUCCGGUCAUUUGACGUUCUCGCGGAAGACAUCACCAUUCUGCGGAAAAAUCACCCUGCUGAUGGAUUCUGGACUGAAGGCAUCGAAGCGUUGCAAAAGUCGAUGCAUUCAUCUCAAAGACGUAAAGAAAAUCACAAGAAGUCAAUGACCAUGGAUGAUCUUAUUGCCAAGCCAGUGCAACGAGUGUGCAAAUAUCGACUACUUUUGAGCGAACUGCUUAAAACGAUUCCUCAGGCCAGCUACCCCUGGGCAUACUCGGAGAUCGAAAAAAUCUUAGACAAAAACGUACAGGCCGUAGAGCGUAUCAAUACCGUCGUUGGGGAUCCCAAUUUACGUAUACGGAUCGGAAAGACUGUCUCUUUACAUGAGCGACUCAAUUAUGAUGGCCAGACUGUUCUCGAAAAUGUUUACCAAGAACUAGGACCGCUGAUUCUUUGUGGAGUCCUUCAUGUGGUAUACCACCACUCCUUGAUGGGCAUAACUGGACAGUAUCUAGUAUGCAUAUUAUUCCCGGGUUACUUCGUUAUAGCAAAGCCUAGAAGUGAUACCCGUAAAAUUACUCUCGUUGCAUCUAUCUACCUGUCUGAUAUGACGGUUGACACUCCGCUGAAUGGACAAGGAAUUGCCUGUCCUGAUACACCAUUCUCUUGGAAAGUUAUUUUUCAGCAUGACCAAAAACGUUAUGAACUUAUCUUUAGCGGCUCCUCGGUAUUAGAGGAGCGAGGUUGGAAAACAGAGAUUUUGAGAGCAUCCAUGAUGCCACCAAAUGAAGUGCCGACUAUAUCUUUAGAGCCACGAAGGUUUUCAUUUGCAUCCAUUCCUCUGAAGCCUCUUGAAUCUGACGGCCGGCCAUUGCGCAUCAAGCGACGAGUGUCUAUACAAACCCUGUCCUCGGGCUUGCCUCUUCAGCAGGAGCAAGAAGUAGUUAUCAUCAAAAAGACUCACAACCCCCUUCACGAUAACGAAGUUCGGCUUCUUCACGAAGCACAACUAACGCGUUCUCGCUCUGUUGCAAAACAAAGCGUCUGUACUCCAAUUAUUCUAAUGACUGCAAGAUUGAGUCGAGUCAAGCUAGAACGCAGUAUUGCUGAUAUUUUCAGCGACGAGAUUCUUCCGUAUCCAGGAAUGACGCUGGGCCGGAGUGACUACCUACAAAGUCAAGCGAUGAUGCGUAGGUCCGUAAUACGAGGAUUGUCGCUUCGGGGUGUUUUUGGUAACAGGCGGUCUGCCUCCCUUGGUAAAGCUACUUCUUCGCUGUCCGUUGAAAGCAGCUUAGAGACACAAAAGCAGGAGGGGCAAGACAAGAACGCAUAUUUAGGAGUCAAGGAGGCGGGGAUAGUCGGCGCAGCCCAAGGAACGCCUGAAAAGGCGUCUGACUCGAAAGAUAUCGUUGAUGAUUAUCUGCACGACACGCCUACCAAGACCGCUUUGCACUCGAUUCGACAGAGAAAGGCCAGAGCAGUUUCUGAUAACGUUACGGACGAAACUGGCGGGACAAAGCCCAAAAGCAAGCCACGGGUCGUGUGGAAGCGGCUGUCUCUGUCUAUACUUGGCUUCUUCGAUACGACGAACAACUAUGAUUGA